CGUGUUUUGAGAGAAAAAACUGAAUUCAAUAAACGACGAUACGUCCGACAAUGGCUACCUCCUCCGGCUCUGCAUUUUCCAGUGCUAAACUGCAAGGCGAGGUAGACAGAGCUGCGACUGCGAGGGCGAGGCGGCCUCUGGUUUCCCACUCACUCAACAAAACCCUAAUUUUAUUCCGGCGCCUCCAGUUUCGCUCUUUUCCCUCCGAGUUGCGGCGUCGUCUCUGCGGUUUAUGUCUGAUUUUGUUGCGUGGAGGAGUUGAUUGUUUCGGAGGGUGCAUGGGCGGCGUUGACGGCUGGAAGUUUUGACUGAUCAAUUGGCAGCGUCUGCGGUGGCGGGUGAUUCUUUUAGGGUGGAGGAGGAUGGACUUGGUGGCUAGUUGCAAGGAAAAAUUGACAUAUUUUAGAAUAAGGGAGCUUAAGAUGGUACUAAACCAUCUUGGUCUUUCAAAGCAGGGAAAGAAGCAGGACCUUGUUGAUCGAAUACUAGCCCUUCUCUCCAAUGAGCAAGUUUCAGGGCUGUGGGUCAAGAAAAAUGCUGUUGGAAAGGACGAUGUUGCAAAGAUUGUUGAUGAUACAUAUAGAAAAAUGCAGGGUAGUGGAGCAGCUGAUUUGGCUUCAAAAUCACAAGGUGACUCUGACAGCACUAAUGUCAAACUUAAUGAGGAAACUGCAGAUUCAUGUCAAAGAGAUAAAAUCCGCUGUCUCUGUGGAGGCACACUGCCAACUGAUUCAAUGAUAAAGUGUGAAGACCCUAAGUGCAAUACCUGGCAACAUAUACCUUGUGUACUGAUUCCUGAGAAACCCACAGAGGAUAUUGUACCUAACCCGCCAGACAUUUUUUAUUGUGAAAUUUGUAGACUGAGUCGAGCUGAUCCAUUUUGGGAUACCAUUGCACAUCAACUCUAUCCCGUGAAGUUGAAUAUUACUAAUGUUCCUGCAGAUGGCUCUAAUCCUGGCCUAAGUAUUGAGAGGACAUUUCAACUAUCAAGAUCAGAUAAGGAAUUAUUGUCUAAACAAGACUAUGAUGUUCAGGUUUGGUGCAUGUUAGUUAAUGACAAGGUGACAUUUAGGAUGCAGUGGCCCCAGUAUGCAGAUCUCCAAGUCAAUGGUGCACCAGUGAGGGCAAUAAACAGACCUGGAUCUCAGUUGCUUGGAUUUAAUGGUCGAGAUGAUGGGCCUAUUAUCACACCGUUCACUAGAGAUGGGAUUAAUAAGGUUUCCUUGACUGGAUGUGAUGCUCGCAUAUUUUGUGUUGGUGUCAGAAUUGUAAGGCGGCGUACUGUGCAUCAGAUUCUCAGCAUGAUUCCAAAGGAGUCUGAUGGUGAGGUUUUUGAGGAUGCACUUGCUCGUGUGCGUAGAUGUGUUGGUGGUGGGGCUGACACAGAAAAUGCUGAUAGUGAUAGUGAGAUUGAAGUCGUUUCUGAUUCCAUUCCUGUCAACCUCCGUUGUCCUAUGAGUGGUUUAAGAAUGAAGGUGGCGGGAAGAUUUAAGCCCUGUGCGCACAUGGGUUGUUUUGACCUCGAAGUGUUUGUUGAAAUUAACCAACGAACUAGGAAGUGGCAAUGUCCUAUUUGUUUGAAGAACUAUUCCUGGGAGAAAAUCAUUAUAGAUCCAUAUUUCAAUCAGAUAGCAUUGAAGUUGCGGAAAUUUGGAGAAGAAGUAGCAGAGAUUGAGGUAAAGCCUGAUGGCUCAUGGCGUGCUAAGUCAGAGGGCGAUCGUAAAGGUCUGGGGGAGCUUGGGCUCUGGCAUUUCCCUGAUGGUACGAUAUGUCCAUCUGUAGAUUGGGAAUCAAAGCCCAAACCAGAAAUAUCAGCAAAACAAGAAGCUUGUUCAAAUAGCCAUGCUGCUCUAAAAUUAGGAAUCAGGAAAAAUCAAAAUGGUUGCUGGGAAUUUAAUAAACCCAAUGAUCUGCGUGGAAUCUCACCCGCCAAUAUAUUUCAAGAAGAUCUUGAGAAUAAUGGCCACAAUAUAAUUCCAAUGAGCAGCAGUGCCACUGCUAGUGGCAGAGAUGGUGAAGAUGCUAGUGUGAAUCAGGGUGGUGGAGGAAACCGCGACUUCCCAAUCAUAAAUGAUUUAGAAUAUGAUUCAAUAUCCCUAAAUGCUAAUCCAACUGCUCCAGCAUUUGAUACUGCUGCAGCUCCUGCUGCUGAUGCUGAAUUGAUUGUCCUCAGUGACUCGGAUGACGAAAUUGACCCCAUUAUGUCAUCUGGUACAGCUUUCCCGAACAAUGGGUCAGAUGCUGGCGGGGUUCGAUAUUCAGCUCCUCUGCUUCCUGGGAUGUCUGAUCCUUAUUUUGAAAACCCUCCCCUACCGAAUGGUGGAAAUUCAUUCCUCGAUCUCUACAGCACAAAUGACGAUGAUUUUGGGAGUAAUAUGUGGCCAUCACCUUCCGGAGGUCAGGGAGUUUCCAGUUUUCAGUUAUUUGGUUCUGAUGCAGAUGUCCCCGAUCCUUUAUUUGGCAUGCCGCAUACCACACUCAAUUGUUCAUCGUCUGUAAAUGGCCUUACAGCAACUGCAGACAUUCCCAUGGGAUCUGCCAUGCAUGCUCCUGAGCUGAUUGAUCAACAUUCCAACAUGAAUGAUGGUUUAGUGGAUAAUAGUUUGGCGUACACAGGCAACGACCCCUCCCUCCAAAUAUUUCUACCCACAAGGCCGUCCGAUGUACUGCCUUCUCAAUCUGAUUUGAGAGACCAACCGGAAAUGUCAAAUGGUAUUCAUACCGAAGAUUGGAUUUCUCUCAGGCUAGGAGAUGGUGGAGGUGGCCAAGGUGGAUCCAGCGCCCCAAAUGAAUUGGUUUCAGGCCAUGAGUUACCGUCAGUAGAUGAUGACCUGGAUUCGCCAGCAGAUCAAGCCGCAUUCUUACCUGGUGCGAAUGAGAAUAAGAAGGCUCGGAGUAGGGAAACAUCAGAUGGGCCUUUUUCAUUCCCUCGCCAAAGGCGGUCUGUAAGACCAAGAUUAUACCUGUCUAUUGAUUCUGAAUCUGAGUAAACUCUUGCGGGGGCGCAGUGGUUGUGUCUGUUGAGGAAGUGCAUAGAGACACUUAACGAGUCCAGCAGUGGAGAAGUGGUUAUCAGGUAACUUAUCCUCUGUACUCGCUGUAAGUUGGUUUUGUAUGGUGGGCAAUUAUGAUAUAUAUAUAUAUAUAUAGUGUUCUUGUCUUGCUUGUAUGUUUUUAAUUUUUGACAGUGUCUCUCAUUACUGGUAAUAUGGUAAUAGAAAAACAAGAGGGGGUUGAACUAA